AUGUUCAAGUAUAUCGCCCUGGCACUUCGCUUGUGCUUCUACGGUACCGGUCUUUUUAGGUUCUUCGCGAUUAGCAUAAACAUUGUUCAGCUUUGUUCUCUAUUGUUCAUAUCCCCGUUCUCGAGGAGGCGGGUGAUGAACAUUAACUCUCAAGGAGCCUUCAGCAUGUGGUGGGUUAUGCAGGAUGAGGAACAUCUAAGAAGAAUGUUUAAAGUCAUUAAGGCCUAUGCUGCGCCCAUAUGGGUGGUGAAUUUUGUUGAAGGAACUAGGUUGAACCCAAGGAAAUUGAGAGAUGGUCAAAGGUUUUCGAGGGACAAGGGUCUACCGGUCCUACAAAAUCUCUUGGUACCUCGCACCAAGGGAUUCGUGGCCUGUGUUCGUCAACUGCGUGAUACUCAUGUGCAAUAUAUCUAUGAUUUCACGAUAGCUUAUCGUCACAUCUCCCGAGGUUUUCAAUUCCCACCCAAUCUUCUUCAGGUUCAUGCAUGUUCCCCGUUGACACCUUCGUGGGCAUUUCAUGUGCAUGUUAAACGUUAUGCAAUUAAGGAUUUGCCCAGAGACGAUGAAGAAUUGGGUGAAUGGGUAAGACAGAUAUUUGUGGAAAAGGAUUUAUUAUUGGAGGACAUGAAGCAUCGGUGGACGCAGAGUGAUAAGCUGGGUCAAGUUCGGGAGGAAAAAUAUUUUAAUUAA